CCAGCCACCAGCUCAUUGGCUAUAUUCAAUUUUCGAACGUCCAAGGCCUCACCAUCACUUCCAAAUGCUACGAAAGUACACGGUACAAUUCGGCGCCGCUGCGGCGGCCGCUGCCGGCAUGGUUGCGAGUCAAUCAAGCCCCGAUAGUCCGGCCCGUUGCGACAAGAUCUACGAGAGUGGCCAAGUGUUGGGUCGCGGCGUCAAGUUGGAGCUGUGGAAAGCCAAGCACAAGAAUGUGGAUGUGUUGGAUUUGGAGAGCGAAACCAUUCAAACGGGACUCACCCGCGUGCGCGACUUCAACGCGACAGGCGCCAAGUUUGUCCACGUGGCCAACAAAUUGCUCCGCAACGUGCUUGAAUCGGCGCUCACUCAGUUGCCCAACGACGAAGACACGGUGGUGACCACACCAUUGGGCCACAAGGUCAAAGGCGUCGACUACGAGGAGGGGGUGACUGUGUGUGGCCUUGCCUUGGUCGAACGCAGUCUUGUCAGUGAACAGUUGCAGCUGCUGCUUAAGACCACGCUUCCAUUUGAUUCAGCGAUUGGACAGUUGCAAUUGAGUCCGCCAGGGGACUCUCCCGGCGCGCUGGCGGCCGUCGACUUGCCAGAUGGCAUCGAAGACAUGCACGUGAUAUUGCUGCAUCCUGAAUUCGCGUCCUUUGACGUAAUUCAACCUGCGAUCCAAGUAAAGUGGACACGUCGAUAUAUCUGCUGCUGAAAAAAGGCGUGUCGCCAGACCACAUCCAAGUCGUGACUCUGGUCACGUGUCCGGCCGCCGCCGACAAGUUUUGCGCUACAUUUGGCGAUGUGAAUUUAGUAACGGCGGCAUUCGAUGCCGCGUCCGACAGCCAGCACCGCAUUGUUCCUGGCUUGGGCAACUUUGAGAAGCGCUACGUGGGCGAUGACUCGGGUGUGGUGCCGGACGCCGCCGCCGGUGAAGACGACGAUCAAGCGAGUGCUGGGUGGAGCUCUUGGUGGCCUUUCAAGUAGAAUCCAAGAGGCUGUCGAGAUAAUCGCAUUGAAAAUGGAUGGACGACAGACAGCGUUCGAUUCCGUAGAAAGCGGAACUUAACCGAAUACGAAUCGAUUGUGUUCUUUUCCC